AUGGCAGCUAGAAAUAUCACUUUCAUCAGCGACUUAGACAAUAUGAGGGAUGAUUACACACUAAAAGUGUGUAUCAUCCGGUUGUGGAGAUCAUUUUCCGAAUCUGACCCCACUGUUGUGAAAUCAAUUGAAAUGAUAUUAAUGGAUGAAAUGGGUACAAAAAUCAGAGCCAGUGUCUACCGAAAAGAUUUCCAAAGGUUUGACUCCAAACUGAAAGAAGAUGACGCUAUUUACAUCCGAUCCUUCACUAUAGCUCCAAACAAAUACACUUUUAAAAUAAGUGAUGUAACCUCCAAGUUAAACUUGCAUGGACAAACAACGGUUCAUGAGUGUCUUGGUUUUCAAUACAAAACAAAAUAUGAGUUUUGUUUUGUAUCGUUUGAAACCAUUAUCUCUGCGACAACUACAUCUAAUAUCUCAAUUGAUGUUAUAGGUGAAGUUGUUUCGUUAGGCAAGUUGGAUUCCCGUGAUGUUAGCAAAUCGAAACAUAGGCUAACUUUACAAAUCAGAAACUUAGAAGGUUUGCAAGUUAACGUCACAUUGUUUGCAGAUUUCGCAUACCAAGUGAUUUCUUAUCUUGAAGCUCAUAAACAAGUUGGUCGUGUGGUUAUUAUUUUGCAGUUUGCAAGACUUAAUGUCUAUAACGGAAUUCCUUCUGUUAACAAUUAUUUUGAUCACACACGUAUGUUCAUAAAUGCUGAUCUUCCCGAAAUUGUGGCCUUCACAGAUAGGUCGGGAAAUUUAUCAUUGUUGGUACAAUUUACUAUACGACAAGAUAUUGAUUGGUAUUAUGAUGCGUGUUCAAACUGUGGAAAGAAAGUUGAUCGAAGAGAUGUUUUUAGCGGUCCAGAUAGUGGUGAUGCAAGUGUGGUUGUUGAAUGCUCUACUGAUAAGUGUAAAAAAAAGGAGAUUUCUUCAGCUCCAAGGUAUAAAAUACCUAUUCGUGUCCAAGAUGAUUCUGGCACAAUCACACUAACUCUGUUUGAUAGAGAUGCUUAUAGACUUGUCAAACAACGUGCAAGUGAGCUCAUAGAGAAAAUCAAACAGGCAGGUAAUUCUGGAAAUCCUGAUGAUAUAGAAAUCGCAUCUCACGAAACGAAGUCGUUGAAGGACGCCAUCUCACAGACCGGUGAUAAUUUGACGCCUUCCAUGCCCGACAAAUUAGAAGCUACAAGUCCUUUCAAGUUUAAUUCACCCCCAAAUGUAAAAAAACGAAACGUUGGAGAUACAAUUGAUGUUGAUGAAUAUGAUAAUGUCAAUUCGUCUACAAAAGUACCGCGCUUGAAUUCCAAGGUCGAUGGCAACACAGGAGUUGUCCAUCGAAGUAAAAACGUAUCCGCAUCUACAUCAAGUGCCAAUGUUUCAAAAAAAUCAAUGUUACCAAAUCAUCCUUCACAUUUAAAUGUUAGAACUCCUUUAUCUAACAUUUCCAAUGUCAUGGAUAUUUCCAAUAACAGUUUUCAAUCACCGUCAACAAACAUCAGCUUCGAUUCUAACGAAACAUUCAAAGGAGUGGUCAAUCGAAACAAAAACGUAUGCACAUCUAUGUCAAAUGGGAAAAUGUCAAAACAACCAAUGUUACAAACACCUUCAUAUUUAAAUUUUAGAACUCCGUUAUCUAACAUUUCCAAUGUCAUGGAUAUCUCCAAUAACAGUUUUCAAACACCGUUACCAAACAUCGGAAUGGAUUCAAACGACAAAAUCAACGGAGUUGUUCGUCGAAAUAAAAACAUAACCUCAUCUGAAUCAACUGCAAACAUGUCAAAACAAUCAAUUUUACAAAAUCCUCCUUCACAUUUAAAUGUUAGAACUCCGUUAUCUAACAUUUCCAAUGUGGAGAAAAAUCAACGAUCUACAUCAAAUUCUUCUGUCCUUGAUGAUGAUAUUAUACAAGAUUUGAAAUUGAUGUUAGAUUCAAAUAAUGUCUUGGUUCAAUCUUAUAGGAUGGUUAGAGAUUGUUUUAAUGAAAAUCCUUGUGCUGAUAUCAAGUUGAGAAUUAUUGGAAGAAGGGACCAAGAUGGAAGGACAUACAACCUACCGUCUGCUUCUGAGGUAGCAGCUUUGAUUGUUGGAGAUAUUGGUGAUUCAAUUGAUAAUAGAGAUAUUGUUGUUCAAACUUCAUCUGAGUUGACAUACCACAUCGAGGUAUUACAUCUUCAAGCAACAACAAGCGGCCCAACUGUACAAUGA